AUGAACUCGAGUCUUCUGCCCAAAGCUGCGCUUCCAGUCCGGCAACUGUCACCGGCUCAGAUAUGUCGUCACCAGCGACUAAGAGGAUGCGCCAGCAGGUCAUCGGCAGCAGCCUCCUAUAGCGUGUCCACCAAGCUCUGCAAUCGCCCGCCCUCCAAAGCGCGCCCUCAGUUAUCCGCCGUUCAACCAAAGGUCUCCUUCCACACAACACGCCGGUUACUUGCCACCCCGAGGGAUCCCUACGGCGUUCUAGGCGUCAACAAGAGCGCCUCGGCCGCCGAAAUCAAGAAGGCCUACUACGGCCUGGCGAAGAAAUUUCACCCCGACACCAAUAAGGAUCCCAACGCAAAGGACAAGUUCGCCGAGAUUCAGUCGGCCUAUGAGAUUUUGUCUGACCCUAAGAAGAGGGAGCAGUUUGACCAGUUCGGCGCCGCCGGUUUCGACGCCAAUGGCGAACCCGGUGGCCCCGGCCCCGGCGGCCACCCCUUCGGAGGCGGUCACCCGUUCAGUGGGUUCGGCGGGCAAGGCGGGUUUGGGGCGAAUAUAAAUUUUGACGAUCUUUUCUCGGCCUUCGCCGGUGGCGGGGGUCCCUUUGGAGGACGCGGCCGUGGCGGGCCCUUCCAGACGGAAAUUCUUCAGGGCGAGGAUAUUGAGGUACAGGUAACCGUGUCGUUCAUGGAGGCGGCUAAAGGGACGAGCAAGACGGUCACGACGCUGCCGCUCGUGACAUGUAAGACGUGUAGCGGCAGCGGCUUGAAGCAGGGCACCAAGCGGUCCCAGUGCAAGUCGUGUGGCGGGACGGGCACGCGCGUGCACUUCAUGUCGGGCGGCUUCCAGAUGGCGAGCACGUGCACGACGUGCGGGGGCAGCGGCGUGUCAAUUCCGCGGGGCUCCGAGUGCCGGACAUGCCAGGGCGACGGCGUGGUUCGGGAGCGCAAGACGCUCACGGUGGAUAUUCCGGGCGGUAUCGAGGACGGCAUGAGGCUGCGGGUUAGCGGCGAGGGCGAUGCCCCAGCACUGGGCAGAGCGGCGAGUCCGAACGCGAGGGGCACCAACGGCGAUCUCUAUGUCUUUGUCAGGGUGGCGCGCGAUUCCCAGUUCAGCCGCCAAGGGUCGGACAUCUUAUACACGGCAACCAUCCCUCUUACGACGGCCAUCCUCGGAGGGGAGAUCACAAUCCCGACCCUUGAAGGCGAGGCCAAAGUUCGCGUUGCGACUGGCACCAGUACGGGUGACAAGAUGACGCUUUCGGGCAAGGGCAUGCCAAAACUAGGUGGCCGGAGAGGCGGAAUGGGCGAUCUCAAGGUUGAAUUCCGCGUGGCCAUGCCCAAAUAUCUCACGUCGAACCAGCGCGCCCUGGUCGAAAUGCUGGCCGACGAGCUCGGCGACAAGUCCGCCAAGCGGAUCAUGAACCUGAACAAGACGACGACGUCUACCGAGGAUUCGCACAAGAACGAAGGCUUCCUCAAAUCGCUCUGGCAUAAUCUCACCAAUCACCCGGCCCAUCAGCAAAAGCCGCAAGACGCCAUCGACAAAACCACCGAGGACACGAAAAAAACUGAUGACUCCGAGAAGAAGUCCGGAUCCGGGUCCGGCUCGGCCUGA